AUGGCUUCCUACGGCCACCCUGCGCCGGUCGCCGCCCCGAGGCAUGGCCAGGCAGUCACAUACGGCGCCCCCAUCCCAGUGGUGCCAGGUUCCGGAGCUCCUGCUGGCACCUUUGCGCCUGGAACAAAGAUUCAGGUCGGCGGCCAUCGCGUGGUGAUACAGAAGUAUCUCUCCGAAGGAGGCUUCGCCCAUGUCUACCUCGUCAAGAUGCCCAAGCCUGUCGACGGCACAGAUCUGGCCGUGCUGAAGCGUGUUGCCGUCCCGGACAAGGACGCAUUGCGAGGCAUGCGUACCGAGGUCGAGACCAUGAAGCGGCUGAAGGGGCACCGCCCAAUUGUCACGUAUAUCGACUCACAUGCCUCCGAACUGAGGGGCGGGGGCUACGAGGUCUUCCUGCUCAUGGAAUACUGCAACGGCGGCGGCCUGAUCGAUUUCAUGAACACCCGGCUACAACAUAGGCUGACCGAGCCCGAGAUCCUCCAAAUAUUCACCGAUGUCGCAGAGGGUGUGGCCUGCAUGCACUAUCUGAAGCCCGCGUUGCUCCAUCGCGAUUUGAAAGUCGAAAACGUCCUUAUAAACGCGACGGCGUCCAGGAAGAAGUUCAAGCUGUGCGACUUCGGCUCUGCUGCUCCCCCGAGAGCUGCGCCAACAACCGUCGUUGACUGUCGGCUGGUGGAGGAGGACGUACAGAAGCACACGACCAUGCAAUACAGGAGCCCGGAGAUGAUCGAUGUAUAUCGAAAGCAACCUAUCGACGAGAAGUCAGAUAUUUGGGCAUUAGGCGUCUUGCUGUACAAGCUGUGCUACUACACAACGCCAUUCGAAGAGCAGGGCCAGCUGGCGAUUCUAAACGCAAGCUAUAGAUUCCCCAGCUACCCGGCCUUCUCGGAUGGAUUGAAAAAGUUAAUUGCAUCCAUGUUGAAAGAGCAACCGCAAGCCAGGCCCAAUAUUUACCAAGUGCUGAAGGAGUCCUGUGCCAUGCAGGGCCGUGAAGUUCCAAUUAAAGAUAUCUACACCGGCAGGUCGAAAUCGGAAGGGCGGCCUCAGGAGGCCCCUCGGCAAGACCCCUCGGCGCCUGCUGUUGGAGCUGUAUUCUCACCACCACCACAACAAGAGACAGUGAUACCAGAUAUUCAACCCAUGCGACGGGGCAGGCUUCCGGCUUCGGCUCCAAGGCCGAACCCAUCACCGAAGCCGACCCCGCCUACGGGGGUUACCAAUGGGGAUCCUUUUGCUGCGCUUGACGCCAACGCCAGUGUGAAGAGCGUCGACGAGCUGUCAUCUCGAUUCCCCACACUGGACCAAUUCUCGAUAUUGCACGAGAAAGGUGUCGCAUUUGACUUCGACAGUUCCAGCUCGCCAACGGCUUCGAAGAAAGUUCCCGAGGCCGCUGUGGAAGAGGCCUUCGCUGUGCCUCAGAGUCAGCCUUCUAAGCCGCCAUCAAACAGUAGAGCAUCUAAUGACAUAGGCCGUGGUCCUGCUCUGCCCUCGACUUCACCGGAAAGGCAGUCUGUCUUGCCAAUUAAGAGCGCGUCGGCUCCUCCGAAACCUACCGAGAUGAGCCGUGCAUCAGCCAUUAUCAAGAACACACCGGAACUGCAAGCCAUCUCUUCUGGAUCAGCCCAAGGCUUUCAACCGGCUCCCAGUCGAUCAAACAUGGUAUCAACAGGGACAAUGACGACCCCACCUCCCGAACGGCAGGCAUCCACAACUCCAUCACAAUACCAAAUUUACCGGUUUCCAAAUGACCACCACCGUUCCCCAAGUCUCUCGAGACAGCAGCAGCAGCAACCACUUCAAGAUGUUCCGCUGCCAGUUCGUACGGACUCCCCAUCUUUACGGCCUGUCGCGUCCCCUCGCAUACCGUCAUUCCAAGGUCAUUCACGACAACCGUCCUCGUCCAGGCCUUCUCUUGAGGGAGGGCGGCCUAGCAUGGAAAACUUUGAGCCUAUCACAAAGUCGAGAUCGAUGUCUUCACGUCCCCGCCCAGUCAGCACUCAUCUCGAGUCGAACCUAGAUUUUCUUCGCGAACAGGAAAAGAACUCGAGGCCUCUGGGGUCCCCCGGAAUUCCCUCACCCAGGAUUCCUCCAGCAGACCGAGCACCGUCACCGAACUUGCUUCUUGACGAUGACAUGAACAUUGAGUCGAAUGUUGACUUCCUCCGGUCCAUGGAAGAUACCCAGCCAAGGAAGAGUCUAGAGGGUAAGCGGUCGAGUCUUUCCAACCUCGGCAAGAAGUCCAUUUUUGCGGGGAAAUUUGGUGAUGCUUUCAAACGCUUCGAAGGCAGCCAGUCUGAGGGACCACCUCCAGCUCGCACUCCCUCGCCCUUCAAGGCCAUGGAUCGUAGAGACCUGACGCCCAUCGCUGGAUCAGAGGCCACAGAUGGUCGAAGUGAUGAUGGCCAGGCUCCAGGAGAUUCCGAGGAGUUGACACCAGCGAUGCGCCGCGAGAUAGAGCAGCGACAGCUCGAGGAAGAAGAAAGAAGGGUUGCUGCCGCGCAAGCGGAAUACCGUGCACGGCUUGCUCAGCGCGGGGGAGGCGGUAAACCUACACCGCCUCCGGUCGGUGGCUCCUCGCGUGCAAUAGCAAUACAGAACAAGGUGCAGAGCCUUCUGGACGAGAACGCUCGUUCAUCAGCCAACAUAAAGAAGACCGCGGAAGGCUAUGGCCAAUACACGGCACCCGCUGGGAGCUCAACACAGCCAGCCGAAGGGCGGCCAGAAAUACCGCGGAAGCCGAUUGGUACUGGUAGAGGCUCGACACCUCGUCCGAUGUCCAGCUCUAGCUCCCUGAAUCGAGCCGCAGGUAUGGCUCCAGCAGCUUCGGAUUUCAAACCCACACCGCCGCCCAAAGACCCGACCAGCAGGCCGAUGGCACCACCAAAGCCGGGACACCUAAAUAAAACCUUGACCAGCAGCAGCAGCAACCUCACUCUCCGGUCAUCCUCGCCACCGAAGCAAGGCAUGAGCACAGCCGGGAUGCGGCAAACGGGCAAACUAGAGGCGCUCAUUGCCGCUGAUCUCCCCGGCCAGCCAGCGCUGGAUAUGACUGCCGAAGAAAAGGAUGACUACGUCCGUGAUUUCUCUAAGAGAUUUCCUAGUCUGACAUCCAUCGAGAUGGUCGAACGAGAUUUGUCAGCCGAGGACAGUAAUAAGCCCACGGGAAGAUAG